AUGUUGAGAACAUUUAUUUCUCUUGCAAUUUUCAUUAUUGCUGCUUGUGCUCAUGGGGACAGUGCUUAUACUACAACUGGUGGUAAAUACCCUGCCUAUGCAUGUAAUCUUCAGAUAAAUAUCGAUGUCCUGUUUUGUAACAAAACAUUUGAUUAUGCUUGCUUAUGUCAAAAUGAAAAUGCCCUUGCUACUUAUGCUGGUUGUCUUUCAUACAUGGAUAGAAUUAAUCAUGACACUUUGCACAGAAUGGAUGAAUUGUGUGAAAGAGGAGAAAUUGUUCUUGAACCUAAUUGGAUUGAGGGUGCUCUUGAAAGAUUCAAAAAAUAUGCUAAAAGUGCUGACGAAAUUGAAGGUUUUAAUACCAGUAUUCCGAUCGAUGUUCCAUUUAAAUUGAAUGAAACUGCCAUGAAACUUUAUGAUCGUUCAUAUGCUACAUUCUUACAUAAUUAUGACCACUCAUUAUACUAUGGGACUUCCACUUUAAUGUACUGGUUAUUAAUCAUUCUUAUUGGUGCUGUCACAAAUUGGUCCAAAUUUUUAUUCCCUGGUUCACAAAGAAACUUACUGGUCCUUUUAUCAACUUUUGGAGAAAGCAUGUCUCAAUUCCUGCAGCAUUUGGAAGAAAGAAGACUCAAGAGCAAUCAUUCUGGAAGAUCUUUGACUGUUUGUUACCAUCUCGUUUUGAAUCUAUUGUCAUUUUUCUUUUCUAUUAAGUACACAGCCGAAAUUAGAUAUGUUGCUGAUAGAACCGGUAUUGUCGCUACUAUUAUGAUGCCAUUGAUUAUUUUAUUUGCUGGUCGUAAUAAUUUCUUACAAUGGAUUUCUGGUUACAAUUAUACAGCAUUUAUGGCUUAUCACCGUCAUACUGCAAGAAUCAUGUUCUGUUUAGUUGUUAUCCAUGCAGUUGGUUUCAGUAUUCUCUUUGGAUCACGUUAUGCUAUUAAGAUGCAACAAGAGUAUGUAAUUUGGGGUACCGUUGCUACUGUUGCUGGAGGAAUUAUGUUGGUUCAAGCAAUGUUAUACUUUAGAAGAAGAUG